AUGGCUCGCAUUGUCUCCACAUUGGCCUUUGCGGCUCUUGCAGCAGCAGCUCCUCUCGAUGCUAGAACUUCGAAGCACACCUCGUUGAUCAAACAGCCAGAUGGACCAACGGAGUACCAGAUCUCGCUGGGUCCGCGCCCUUAUUAUAUCGUCCAGAACAUGACUGAGGGUCCAUUGAAACAGAAGCUGGAAUCAUGCGCCAAUGGCCCUUUCUCAGUCACUGGAUGGAGCAUUGGACAUCGUGGCGGAGCUACGCUGCAAAUACCCGAGGCAUCUGCCCAGAAUCAAGAGGCAGGCGCGCGAAUGGGAAGUGGUGUUCUUGAAUGCGAUGUUGCUUUCACAAACGAUCUCCAACUUGUCUGCAGACAUUCUCUUUGUGAUCUGCACACAACGACAGACAUUCUGCUAAGACCGGAGUUGGCUGCAAAGUGUACUCAGCCUUUCAGGCCUGCAAACGCAACCUCGCCGGCAUCAGCACUUUGCUGUACGUCAGACAUCACCCUGAGCGAGUACAACUCCUUGUGCUCCAAGAUGGACGGGAGCAACAGCAGUGCAAGGACGCCAGAAGCCUACCAACGUGGGACUCCUGCCUGGCGAACUGAUCUUUAUGACACUUGCGCCACACCUCUGUCCCUCGAUGGCUUCAUCGAUCUCGUCGACUCCUUCCCUGGUUAUCGAAAUUUUACUCCAGAGUUGAAGACGCCACCAUCUCAAGUUCCGAUGCCAUUCAAGGGCGUCUAUACCCAAGCGCAAUACGCAAGAGAUAUGGUCAACGCUUUUAUCAGAAAAGGAAUCGCUCCUGAGCGUGUUUGGGCUCAGUCUUUCCUUCCUGCUGAUGUCUUCCUGUGGAUCAGUGAGUUUCCCGCAUUUGGAAACCAUGCCGUUUAUCUAGAUGAGGAGGGUGAUACACCCGAAACUCUCGUCACAGCUGCUGCUCGUCUGCCUUCUCUGAAGACACAAGGUGUCAACAUCAUUGCUCCCCCCAUAAACUAUCUGCUCACUUAUAGUGAUGCUACCAACAGCACUAUCGUCCCAUCCCCGUACGCGACGGCUGCCAAGGCUGCUGGCCUCGACAUCAUUGCGUGGUCGUUCGAGCGGUCGGGACCUCUUACUACUGUGGACGCCAGGCAGGACUAUUACUACAGCACCUUCAGCCAAGCCGUCAGCCAUGAUGGACAACUCUAUGAGGUUCUUGAUAUAAUGGCAAAUGAAAUCGGAAUCGUUGGAAUGUUCAGUGACUGGUCUGCAACAACUACUUAUUUCGCCAACUGCUUUGGUUUACAAGGUCCUUAUGGCGAGAAUUACAACUAA